AGAGCACACGGCUGUUCCCACACGUGGAGAACUUUUAACGAACACGUGAGGAAAAGACAGCAGUGUCUGUGGAAAAUCUGCCUCACAACUCCGGCGUCCUGCCCAACCCCUCCCUAACAGCUGGUUUGCUGCGCUCCCGGGGGUUUUCGCCCCCUUCUACUGAUGCCCCAGCUGCGGGUCACACGCUUGGAACGCAGCUCUCCCGAGCGGCCCCACCCCGGGCACCCGGACGCGCGAAGCACCCACAGCGGGCGGCCUUGCAACCCGUCUGCGCCUGCGCCCGCGCCCAGAGCUCCAAGACGGGGGCGGGGCCCUGAGGAAAGGGGCGUGUCUCUCGCCGGGCGCGCUGGGGGCGGAGCCGUGGGACCGUGUGGUCCUGUGACCUGCGGGUUGACCUUCCCGAACGCUGGGUCCCGUGACGUCACCUCGCCGUGACGCGCACGCUGUAGGAAAACUAUGAGGAAACCGACACAGAAAGAUUAAGAAUUUGCUCAAGGUUGCAUAGCUAAAAUGAAAUGGAGACAGUAUUUGAAUUUGGGCAAUCUGACCUCACCGUCCAUGCUCCAGCCAAUAAUACUGCCUCACAGUAGGAACAACAAUGGAACAAUGCUCAGAGGUGGAAGCAAGCCUGAGGUGCCAAGGCAUUGCAAGGAUUAAUUAAAAGAAUUUACCACAUAUUUUAUGACUUUUUACUGGAACAUUGAGAGAUAGAGUCUUUCAAGAAGUUACUAGGUGAUCCAUGAUUUAAAAGUUUGGUGGUCAGCAAUUUUAUGAAAGAUGGGAGCAUCUCGUGAUCAGUCAUGCCUUCUGGAACAAUACAGAGUGGAAAAGGUUUGCAGACCAAGAGUCAGUUUAGGACCAUUGCACCGAAAAUUGUGUCCAAAGUCCUAACUUCCAGAGUGCUGUCGGGCCCUUCGCCAUCACUCUCUGAUCAGGUGAAUCCAGGCCCCCCCAUCAGCUCUACACCACUGGGGGUGCCUGCCCAAAAUUAUGCUCUGAUGCAGGUUGCUGGCCAGAAGGGGACAUUUUCUCUCGUGGCGUUGCCUCAGGUUGCCUCAAUUCAGCCAGUCCAGAAACCCAGACUGCCCCUGCCUGAAAACCUUAAACUGCCUAUUCCUCGAUACCAACCCCCAAGAAAUAACAAAGGAUCAACAAAGAGCCCCAUUUCGAGCUUCUCUGAACGUGGCUGUAGCAAACCUCCUGCCCAAACCCAAACAUCUCCUUCCCCGCCGGGCUGUUCUGAGCCCCCGCCCCAGCCCAGUCCGUCCGAGCCAGUGCUGCCACCAGACCAGGCCCCAGCCAGCAUCAGCCCGGCUGCUCUGACCAACGGAGGUGGCCCCGGAGACUCUCGACCUCCAGUGACCAGUGACUGUGGAGACCCGAACCUUCCUGACACCCCAACAUCAUCCGCACCAGAGGAGCCCUCUGCCAGGCAGGGCUUCAUGAAGAUUUCAGGGAAAGAAAUCUUUGCAAGCAAAGAACCAUCCAGUAAACCUGCUGCUGUUGCCAGUGAAAAACAUAAAGAACAAGCUGACCUUGCAGAAGGCACAGUCAGGUUAUCCACAGCCAUCUGGGGCGGUUCACUCCAGUGGGUCCCCUCAGUCCCCAAAGGUAAACUGCCAAUCUUACCCCCCGUAAGUAUGAAAACAACAGAGGUUUAUAAAAGUGAGUCAGAUGUUAACAUUGUAGACUUUUCUUUACCUGGGCGCAGGGUGCACUGGGAUAAGACAUCCACCAUCACCGAAGGCUUUGAUGCAGCCACCAAAAUGGCCAAUAAGGUACCUGGUCCACAGGUGUCAAAGCAGAGUCUCUGUAAAAGUGCCUUUUGUCCAGCUACCAAACUGGAUCUCAACCACAAAACAAAACUGAAUGGCGGGGCAACAAAGAGAAAAGGUAGAAAACUAAAGGUACCAGAUGAAAUCUUGUCAUUUCAGGGGAAAAGGAGGAAAUGUAAAAGAAUAAAAAAUGAUUCCCAACAAUCCAGAGACCAAAAACCUGGGGCUUUGAAAAAAUAUCGUAGCAUUAUGCCAAAACCUGUCAUUGUCAUGCCCGCUGUGGCUCCCUUGGGUUCUCCUGUGGCUAUAUUACCUUCCCAAAAGCCCAGCAGCCUAGGACAGGACAGUUUGUUAAAUAAUUCGCUCACUCCUAAAUAUCUCGGCUGUAAGCAGGACGACAGCCCUUCCCCUAAACCCAGCUCUGCAUUCAGAAAUGGAUUCUCUGGCAUUAAGAAGCCUUGGCACAGAUGUCCUGUCUGUAACCACCACUUCCAGUUCAAGCAGCACCUUCGAGACCACAUGAAUACCCACACUAACAGAAGGCCUUACAGUUGUCGAAUUUGUCGCAAGGCAUACGUGCGUCCCGGCAGCCUGAGCGCACACAUGAAACUUCAUCACGGCGAGAGCCGGCUGAAGAAACUUGUGUGCUGUGAAUUUUGUGCAAAAGUGUUUGGUCAUGUCAGAAUCUAUUUCGGCCAUCUGAGAGAAGUGCAUAGGGUUGUCAUCAGCACCGAGCCCUCCCCCAGUGAACUGCAGCCAGGGGACCUGCCAAAGAACAGGGACAGGGAUGCAAAUGUGCAGAGAGAAAACAAAUCAAGCCUCGACGAAGACCUUCUCCUAAACCAGGCAGACGAAGUCAAAUUACAAAUCAAAUGUGGCCGCUGUCAGAUCACUGCCCAGUCCUUUGCUGAAAUAAAGUUUCAUUUACUUUAUGUUCAUGGAGAGGAAAUUCAGGGCAGGCUGCAAGAGGAGAUCUCCCCAGGAAGCCAAGCAGCUGGAGAAGAACUGGCUCAACAUGCUGCUCCUUCCUGGAAACAGCAUCCCGAAAGAAGAAAGCUGCCGCAGCACUGUCCCUCUGACGAGGAGGUGCAUGCAGUUCCUACAAUGACACGGCAACCCUACCUGCAUCAGCAGAAUGACAAGGAAAUGCUCACAAAACAUGAAGGAGCCCAGCUGAGACCCAGCAAGCCAGGAGAAGUCCCCCAGGGCCCUGCGAGUCCCAGCCCACACUCAGUUCUCCUUCAGUCCCCUUCCGGCUUUAACUGCAUCCUUUGUGCACAGACGCUUAGAAGGAAAGAAGAACUCCUCCUGCACUGGGAACAAGGGCACAAUUGUGAGGACCCUCCAAUGCUCUGGAGGAUUCUACAUGCACUCUCUAACCGGGGAGUGUCCGAACUUCCCAGCAAAACUGAAACAUGAAAGACUGGGGCCAGAGAGGUUAAACAGAGUUUUGUAUCACCUUUCUCUCAAAGUUCUUGUUUUAUGGUGGUGCUUAAUUAUAAAAAUCAAACAAGUUAGGAUUAGCAUUAAUAAGUGGGAGUGAUUUUGUACAUAAUUUUAUUUUCUUAUGAAAUAUAUACCCUUGAUGCAUAUAUUCUAACCAUAUGCAGUUUUAUUUUUAAAUUCUGUGCACUAAAUGUUAAUGUCUUAGACUUUAUUUCAGAAUAAAUAAAAAGAUCAAAAUUUGGAGAUUGAAA